AUGAACUAUGAAAAGCCAGGAGGGGUGAUGCACGAGGUCAUCCGCCGUGCCUUCGACGAGCUUCGGCUGCACAACAACCCACAAGGCACCAUCACUAUCGUCACCCACGCCUUAGCAAACGCAGAUGACCUCCCACCGCUGUCGGGUGGCAAGGAGUACAACAUGGACGCCAUCCCGAGCACCUCGUCGAGUUACUCGCGAGCCGUGGAGUCGUAUUCGAAUGGCGGCGGUGGAGGAGACGCCGGUCGGCCACGCACGACGGGCAGCACCCAAGGCCCCGCCAGCACGUUGCAGUGGUUUACGGCGGGCCCGGUUGGGGUCGCCAUUACCUCGCCCUCCCCGACAAGCUAUAACCCCCUCGCUGCCUCUCUACCGCCGGGCAGCUCCGAGUGGCUGAACAAGCGCCACACUUUUAAUCGCACCCAACUCUUACGCCUGCUGCUCAUUCGCUGCGAGGCUUUUAGCGUGCUGAAGCAGCACUCCCGUGCUCUGCAGGACGCGGAGAAGGCCGUCGAGGUCUCGCAAGGGCAGUCCGCCGAGGCGUACUUCAACGUCGGCCGCGAACAGCGCCGACAGUUCAACAUUGUCGAAUCGGCUAGCGCCUUUGACACAGCCGAGGCGCUGCUGCGGUCCAUGCAGCAAGCCAUCGCAACCGGCAGGGCCGUCUUCGAUGGCUGGAGCCAGGAGACGAGCAGCGAUGAAGCCUUUUGGGCGGACCGCGGCUUUCAGAUGGCGGAGGUGCGAGACAUGGGCAUCACCCGGCGAGAGUAUGAGAUGCAGGAGCGUAGCAGCCACCGCACGAAUUUGGGCAGUUCCUCUAGCGGGCCGACGAGCCCGAACAGCGCCAACGGUCCGGCAGCCGCUACCUUCCGCGGUGAACCGGCGACACCGCUGUCUAAUGCAGCCCGCGCCCGCGGCCGGGUCGGGGCGGAGGGCAACGACACAAGCGGCUUCGGCGUCUCACCGUGCGACGGCCAGACCUCACAGGGCAACUCCGCCAUGACCCGCUCCUUCACCUUCAACACCAGCGGGACCGGCGAUGGGGGUGCGAACAACAACAACAACACCAACACCAACGAAGACGGCGAUGAGCCGGUGGCGACGUCGUACAUGAGCGACUUGGUGCAGUGCGGCAUGUCGACCAAUGAACUGUCCAUGUGGCGGCGACUGGCGAGUGAGUCGCGAGCGCUGCUGGCGAUGCGGCAGUCGCACACCGUCCCCUCCACGGUGAUCAGCUCCACCAUGACUUUGCUGGACCGCCGCAUCUCCGGCACCCGAGGCGGGCUCGUCCUCUCCAUUGAAAACAACACCCACACCCCGCUGCGCUUCGUCGGCGCCCUCGCCCCGGACGGGCUCUACCACGACUCCUUCAGCUUCCCCCAUGUGAUCCACAAGUCGCACUGCGGAGUGUCGAUGCUGCGCCCCCGCGGCUGGGGCGGCUACUCCGGCGCGGUGUGCUACGAGCUGCACGAGAACCUCUGCUGUUUUCUCUACUUCGACAGCCCUUUGCUCGGCUCGGUGAAGUACGGGGUGCGGUUUGUUGACCUGCGCGCGUCGGACCUGCGGCGCGCGUAUGCCGAGGUGUACAAGGAGACGGGCGUGUACGGCAUCGCCGGGGGCACCACCACCGCUGCGGUUGCGCCGCCGACGCCGGCCGUGACGACCUGCACGAGUAAUAAUAGCAUCUUUAGCAGCGGCGGUGGCGGCGUCGGCAGCGGUGGGGCUGUCAACGGUCCGGGGGGCGGUGCGGGACGUGCCGGUGUGACAGGGGUCUCCAUACGAGGUGCCAGCACACCGCUGAAGACCACCGUGGCUAGCAUGAGCGCGGCACGGGCCGCCAUUCGCAUGCCGCUGUCCAACACGUGGGUGGUGGCGCACGCCGCCACCUCUGCCGCACAACGACCGGUGAAGGCUUCCUCGCGGAUGUUGGGUGGGCUGACCAUCGCGUUCUCGCUGGCGGAGGUGCUAGCGGUGCGGCUGCGCAGCGUUGAGCUGGUCCCCGCGCUGGAGUACGUUGGGGCCCUGACGCUGAAGAAAAUGAGCUGCGUCAGUCGGCGCUACCGGGAGCUCAUCAACAACCUGCCCCCACCUAUGUUCUACGGGGUAGGCCGACGCUCGUACCCGGACUACUGCAUCGGGUCCGACCGGUACAUCUCCCCGUGGGUUGUGCGGGACCGGCAGCCCGUGACCUGGAAGUUUAUCUUCGACGGGCGGAUGGCCGACCAGGAGGAGUUCUCCGUAUCGGACGUGAACGACAUGCAGAAACACAUUCUGUGCUUCUCCGCCGACGCACAGACGAAGGUGACGGGCUACGUCUACCUCGGCGAUAAGCGCUGCCUGCAGUACAUCAUCAAGGAAAGCUGGAUCCCCUUCAGCAACACGCUCUACCUCACCACCCCCGUCGGCCGCACCUUCGCCAGCUGCGUCGCCUUGAAUAACCAGACGCAGUAUACCCUGUCCUUGACGAGCAGCAGCAGCGGCAACGGUGUUGUGAGCGGGGGCGUGGACGGGGCCGGUGUGGCUGCACGACCUGGCGACGACGUGCUCUACACCGCCCGCAAACGGGUCUCUUCGGCCGGCGGCACCAACGAGGUGGCGCGUGGCACGCCGGUCAGCGCCGCGGCGGUGCCUGCGGGCGUCGUGCGCAACGGCGACGACGGGAGUAAGAUGAGGGGAAGGGCGAACCCGUCUAGUGGAGCUCUCGGACAGCAACAAAUGCAGCAGCAACAGUCCUCCGCAACCCCCACAGGAGUGGUAGAGAUGGACAGCAGCGGCGGCAGUGCCCCUCGCGGCUCUCCCGGCCAGGCUGUCCUCACCAGCCCCGUCGGGAACGGGCCAGUCGCCACACCACUCGGAGGAGGAGGUGGUGGAGGGGUCGGCGUCAACACGAUGGCCGGCACCACGCUCCACUCCGUCGCAUCGGCUGUGCAAAUGGCAGCAAGUGACGGCGGCGGUGUUGCGGUCACCGGCACGGUCAACAGCGGCGGCGGCAGCAGUGCGGCGGCGACGGCGGCUAUUGCGACGGUGGCGGCUGCGGGCUACCCGACGCCGACGCAGCCCGAGUAUUAUACGAUUUGGCGCUUACAGCGAGUCAGCGGCGGGGCGGUGGCAGGUGGGGCGGCGCCGACCACGACGAACGGUGGCGCCGACAUCAUCGCCGAGGUGAAGGUGAACCCGAUGAUGUACGGUAUUGUGACGAAGGGCUACUGCGCGGCCGAGGUCACGCUCUUUACCGGUGCAGAUGCAAUGCUCGUGUCGCUGCUUUCCUUCUUGAUAACUCGCUGGUGA